CGACUUUUUUUAUCCUAGGUCACCAAGAACAAACUUUGAUCGAUCAUUAACAUAUUAAUCUAUAAAUUGAUCAAUACCACGUAACAAAUUAAACAUACCAGGAAGACGUACAAUUUGAUCAAACAAUGGAAAAGAAAAUAAAUUUUCAGCUUCUCUCAAUAUUCAUCCUAGCUUCUUUGCUAAUUGUCUCAACAUUAGCAAAAAACCCUUUAUUCAUUUUUGGGGACUCAAUAUUAGAUGCCGGAAACAACAAUUAUAUUAACACUUCAACCUUGGUUCAAGCCAAUAUAAGGCCUUAUGGCAUUACUUUCUUCCAUUUUCCAACGGGGCGUUUCUCUGAUGGUCGUAUUAUUAGUGAUUUUAUAGCGGAACAUGCUAAUCUUCCAUUCAUACCACCAUUUCUCCAACCGGGCAAGCAUCAUUUUUACAACGGAGUCAAUUUUGCAUCAGCUGCAGCUGGUGCACUCGCGGAAACUAACCAAGGCCUAGUUAUUGAUUUCCAUAUGCAGCUGCAAAAUUACAAGAAAGUUGAGAAGUUGUUUAGGCACAAAUUUGGUGAAGUUGAAGCUAAAAAGAGGUUAACAAGUGCAGUCUACUUGUUUAGCAUUGGAGCAAAUGACUACCUUUCCUUAUUCUUAACCAAUUCCUCAAUCUUGACUACUUACACCAAAUCCGAAUAUGUUGAAUUGGUCAUUGGUAACAUUACUUCUGUUAUCACUGAAAUCUACAAUACAGGAGGCAGAAAAUUUGCAUUCCUCAAUGUGCCAAAGAUUGGUUGUGUCCCUGUGUCUAGAAUUUCAAACGCAGAUGGCGAAUGCAACACAGAGCCUUCAGAAUACGCCAUGCUGCAUAACAGAGCUCUUUUCCAUGUUCUCGAAGAGUUAAAGAUGAAGUUACCAGGGUUCAAAUAUUCAUUUUAUGACUUCUAUACUUGUGCACAACAAAGAAUCGACUACCCUUCAAAAUAUGGAUUCAAGGAGGGGAAGACGGCGUGUUGUGGAACAGGCAAGUUCAGAGGGAUAUGGAGCUGUGGUGGAACAAGGCUAGUUAAAGAGUUUGAAUUGUGCGAAAAUGUAAAUGAUUAUGUUUUCUGGGAUUCAACCCAUUUUACUGAGAAAGUUUAUGAGCAAUUAGCUGAUGAGAUGUGGAAUCUACAUUCAUAUGGAUCACACAGCAUCAAGGAACUCUUCUACUUGUCCUAAAAUCAGGCAGAAUGAAGGAAAGCAAUGUGUAAACAACCAAUAUUGUAAACUAAGUGUACUUUUAGCUCAGUGUGAAGUUUGUAUUGAACGCUUGUUGCUUUUGUUGAGCAUAAUUGAUUUUAUACAACAAAGAUAUCGUAUAUAAUGGCAUCAUACUUGAAACAAAGAUUAUGUUAUGUAGUACUUUGUAUUGAA